CGGUGGAGUAUUAUGACCUCUAACAGAGAGUUAAAUGAAGAUCUACGUUAUGCUGCAGGAAUAUAUAGUCUUAAUAGGGUUAAAGAAUUAGUAGAAAAAGGAGCUGACUGUAAGGCUAGUGAUUAUCAUGGAGAUACACCACUGCAUUAUGCUGCUGAAUCAGGUGAAUUGGAGAAAGUAAGGUAUCUUGUAGAAGAGAAAGGAUGUGAUGUCACAGCUAUCAAUAAAUCUGGUUCAACUCCUUUGCACAGAGCUGCUAGAUGGUGUUCUUUAGAGAUAGUAAAAUACCUUGUAGACAAGGGCGCUAACUUCAAGAUUGGUAUCGAGUAUGGUAAAACUCCUUUUCAUGAAGCUGCUACAGGAGGAAAUGUAGAUAUAGUGAAAUAUUUCAUGGAAAAAGGGUUUGAUCUCAAAGCUACUGAAAAUGGUAGUUUAACACCACUAAAUAAAGCUGCACACUAUGGUAAUCUAGAAGUACUUAAGUAUCUAGUAGAAAAAGGGGCUAAUAUCAAUGUUACUAAUAAAGGAGGUUGUUCUGCUCUGCAUAGUGCUGCUGGUGAGGGGCAUUUAAAAAUAGUACAAUAUCUGGUAGAGAAUGGCGCAAAUUUAAAUAUCAAUCAUAUAUGGAACGGGACACCUCUACACUUUGCUGCUAAGGAUGGAAAGCUUGAUGUAGUAAAAUAUCUUAUAGAAAAAGGAGCUGAUUUUAGGGCAAUUAGCAAUGAUGGUGCUACUCCCUUGAGCUUGGCUACUAAGGAAGGUCAUUUAGAUAUAGUGAAAUAUAUUAUGGAAAAAGGCGCUUGAUUUAAAGUACAGGAAAAAUUUAGAAUUAGGAUGUCUACCAAACAUUUAAAUGAAGAGUUAUUUUAUGCUGUAAAACAAGAGACAUACUAGACCUCUUUCAAAAUUGGAAAAGAGCAAAAAAUUAGUAUAAAAUCAUAAGUUUAAAAGUAUGAGAUACAAAGAAGUUAAGGAAUUAGACAACGAAAAAUACCGGCGUCUAAGAUGUAUGGUCCCAAAGUAUGAUGGUGAGGA